GUCCGUCUUAGAAGCCGAGCCCGCCGCCCGCUCCUCCUGCCACCUCUGCGUCAUGGGGCUCCUCGUCAAGAAACGGCGCAAGGCGGCCUCGCGCGGCGAGGCGCAGUGCGAGCAGGAUGAGCCGCCGACGCCCGAGCCUGCGCCUGCGCCUGCGCCUGCCGCUACACCGUCGAUUCAGCCGUCGGCGGCGAGGCCUCUGAUGGCACCGCCGGAAGGCACCAGACAGGCAGCGGCCGAGUGGGCCCGCCGCCGCCGGGAGUCUGCCGAGUCUCAGCCGCGCAGCGUUAGCGCAGCCGCUGUGGGUAGCACGGAGCCCGAUGCCGCUGCGCCUAUUCAUAUUGAGGACACCGCCAACGUGCCUGGCCAAGUCCUCCCCGCCGAUGGCGAGCAGGGCGGCGCCGAGGGCGGCGUGGACAGUGGCGACGGCACCGGCGAGGGUGUCGCCGAGGGCGGCACGGCGAAGCACGAAUCGCCGCGCAACGGCCGGCCGCCCGCCGCGUCACCGCGGGGCAAGGAGCGCAAGGCGGCGCAGGGCGAGCCGAGCUGCGACGAGGGAUUCUCCUUUGCGUACGGCCCGGCCAACUUUGGCUUUUGCUACGUGUCCCUCGAGGAACGCGAAGGGCUCAAUCUGCAGCGGAUCCGGGUCGACGGUCGCAAGGUUGGCUUCAGCGACGAGAGCCUCCGCGACGCGCUCGCAGCGAUGGAGGAGAUCAUGGAGAGGAGGGUGCCGGUGACGGUCACGUACGACGUGCGCAACGUGCCCACGCCGAGCAUGAAGCACGUGCGCGAGGGGCUCAAAUGGGCGGGCGAGCACAAGGAGCUGCUCGACGAGUACAUCCAGGGCAUCACCGUCAUACUCAACUCCUGGGUGCUGACCAAGCUGGCCAACUUUGUGCUCUCUGUGCUCAAGCCGCCGCAGCCAACCAAGAUCUGCCGCGACGAGGCCGAGGCCAUCGCCUUCCUGUGGGCGAAGUGCCAGACGGCGCGCUCGUGGGGCGGCGGCGGCAAGGACGCGCCGCGCAGAGGCAAGACGGCGAGCACCGUGCGAGCCUCGCCGGAGGGCGUGGGAGUGGGAGUCUGAGGUGGUAUUGUUGACUGACGGUGUGUAUCGUCCGAACCACAGCGUGUCCCGGUACAUAUCUCGUGGUGUUUCUCCUGUAACGUGGUGUGUUUGCGCAAAAGGUGGCCUAGUUGGUCGAAGCGCCGACCUUUAGGUCUAACAGAAGGCA